GGGGUAGACCGAAAUGAAAAAGAAAGAAAAGGAAUUAGACUUUGGACGACAGAUUAGAGCGAAAUGAGGGAGAAAAAGGACGCGAACUAGGCUGGAUUGAUACUCACAAGUCGAAACCUCCUCGUAAAAAAACUUGAAAUAUGGUCAGCGACACUAUUGUUCCUUCUUCUCCGACCUGGCCCUCGGCCUUUCCUUUCUCUUUCUCUUCCCCUCAAAAGCUCUACUUGAAUGUGGUCGUGCUUGUUGCCUGUCGCUUCGCGCGAUGGGGUUCGGGGCGUACGGGGGAUUUGGGCACGUGACGGAGGGCUCUGUCCCCCGGGGCGCACGUUUCGGGAUCUCUCGGAUUCGGUUUCUCUCGCAUGGUUUUAAGUACACAUGUUGUUUGGUUGUUCACCGUCACCGCUUUCUUCUCUGCUGGUGCUGUAGUGCCGCUGCAACACUCGCGCUCUCUCUCCUCCUCCUCCUCCUCCUUUAAUGGUCAGUAAUGUUCGGGGUCGUUAUCCGCAUUCUUAUCUUCUCGUUCGGUUUAAUCGCUUGUGGUCGCCUCCUGAGAUCUGGUUGUGCUGGCAACACAAAUCGCGAGAGAAACAGAGAAUUCCAACUACAAAGCAAACUUCUCCAAUGCCGGGACACGACGGCGCCUCGGACUACACAGGAUUGGGGGGCGAAUCGUCCCCGAAGCUGGAGACGUUCCAAAAGGUUUCAAUCAUACCUCUUGUUUUCCUUAUCUUCUAUGAAGUCUCUGGGGGUCCAUUUGGUGUGGAGGACAGUGUGAAAGCAGCAGGUCCCUUUUUAGCCCUCCUCGGUUUCUUGAUAUUCCCACUUAUAUGGAGCAUCCCUGAGGCUCUGAUAACUGCAGAGAUGGGCACGAUGUUUCCCGAAAAUGGAGGCUAUGUAGUUUGGGUUUCAUCAGCUUUGGGGCCUUAUUGGGGCUUCCAACAGGGCUGGAUGAAAUGGCUUAGUGGCGUUAUUGACAAUGCAUUGUACCCGGUUCUCUUCUUGGACUAUCUUAAAUCGGCAGUCCCAGCUCUCGAAGGCGGUUUACCUAGAACUAUAGCUGUGCUUGUACUGACCCUUGCGCUGACUUAUAUGAAUUACAGGGGUUUGACAAUAGUGGGUUGGGUUGCUAUACUGUUGGGAGUGAUAUCCCUUCUUCCUUUUGUGGUCAUGGGACUAGUGGCCAUUCCCGAUCUGAAACCUUCGAGGUGGUUGAUGGUAGAUCUUGGCAAUGUCAAUUGGGGGUUGUACUUAAACACUCUCUUUUGGAACCUCAAUUAUUGGGACUCCAUCAGUACUCUCACCGGCGAAGUAGAUAACCCGAGCAAAACCCUCCCGAGAGCUUUGUUUUACGCUCUCAUCUUGGUCGUUCUCGGGUACUUCGUCCCUCUCCUGAUUGGGAUUGGAGCCAUCCCAGUUGAGCGCGAGCUGUGGUCUGACGGGUAUUUCUCGGACAUUGCCAAGAUCCUUGGAGGUGUCUGGCUGCGGAGUUGGGUCCAAGCUGCUUCCGCUCUCUCCAACAUGGGGAUGUUCCUGGCCGAGAUGAGCAGCGACUCAUUCCAACUGCUCGGCAUGGCGGAGCGUGGGAUGCUUCCUGAGCUCUUCGCCAAGCGAUCCUGCUAUGGGACUCCACUCACCGGGAUAUUGUUCUCGGCAUCGGGUGUCGUCAUGCUCUCGUGGCUGAGCUUCCAGGAGAUCGUGGCUGCAGAGAAUUUCCUGUACUGCUUUGGGAUGAUCAUGGAGUUCGUGGCCUUUGUGAAGUUGAGGGUGAAGCACCCAGCGGCUUCUAGGCCUUACAGGAUCCCAGUCGGGACAGUCGGGUCGAUUCUCAUGUGCAUACCCCCAACCGCUCUUCUCCUCGUGGUCAUGGCUCUCGCACCAAGCAAGGUCAUGGGUAUCAGCCUUGUGGCGGUGAUGAUCGGGCUUGUUCUGGAGCCUUGCCUUAGGUACGCAGAGAAAAGGAGAUGGUUCCGGUUCUCAAUGAGCCCCAAUCUGCAGGAUUGCGGACCUGCUUAUCACCAGUGCAAUGACCACCCAUAGAUGGCCAGCUUCCUACGUCCGUCUUGCAAAAUUCAAGUUGACUGUAGUUAUGAACCCAAGUCAGUCUUCUCACAGCAUCAUAGUUGCUUCCCCCCCAAAGUGAUCAUUGAAGUUUGUUUCUGUUGCUGCCAGUCUUACGAGAACUGCCGGUUGUACAUAUGUCAAAUAUCGCGGUCUAUAUAGUCAAAUGGUACGUUUCUAUGCAGUUAAAUGCUGCGUUUCCUCAA